CAAUUUUAAACGAAAAGUAAAAAUGGAAAUGUCAAACCGUUCUUUGCAAAAUGCGACCUCAAAAAUGGAAGAAAAUGAGAUCUUGAUUAAACGGGGAUAUUAUCUGCGGGGUAUCAUUGGGGAGGGCUCAUACAGUAAAGUUCGUCGUGCUUACUCUACUCAAAUUAAAGAUGACGUGGCCAUAAAAAUCAUCGUCAGAAAUCUGGCCCCUCCAGUGUUCAGAGAUAAGUUCCUACCAAGAGAAAUUCAGAUCCUAUCAUAUAUCAAACACCCUAAUAUUAUCAAUGUUUAUGAAAUAUUCGAAACAAGACGAAGACCAGUUGGCGACACAGUUUACAUUGUAACGGAAUUUGUGAAAUGCGGUGACCUCCUAGAAUUUGUCAAGGAAAAAGGAGCAAUGCCUGAGCAGGAAGCUCGUAAUGUACUUCGUGACGUCAUCGAAGCAGUGACGUAUUUACAUGAUAAUGACAUCACACACAGAGAUAUAAAAUGCGAAAAUAUCUUAUUGGAUAUUCUACCCGGACGAAUUGGAAUGGGGUUCACUGCUAAAUUGUGCGAUUUUGGAUUUGCGCGACGGAUUCCAAAACUUUCCGAAACUGUCCGAACAAGCGCGGAAGAAGUCGAAACGAUCCCGAAACGAUCUGCGGGAAUUUCGGAAUGCUCGUCUGGAGUUUCGCAAGAAGUCUACCCUGCUCAGACGCAGCUCACGAAGACGUUUUGUGGUUCAGCAGCUUAUGCAGCCCCUGAAGUUUUAGAAAGGCGAGCCCACGAUCCUAGAGCAGCCGACAUUUGGGCAAUGGGAGUAGUAGCGUUCAUCACGUUAUACGGGGCAAUGCCCUACGAUGAUACUGAUAUAAAUGCUAUGGUCGAAAUUCAACGCAGAGAAGAAAUACCGGCAAGUAAAUCAAGGAAAAUUGCACGAAAAGCAAGAGAUUUGAUAAAAUUGGCGCUCAAAUAUGAACCCACAUUUCGCCCUUGUGCUAAAGAGCUUCUAAUGCAUCAAUGGCUACAAAUUACCGCAAAUAAACAUUGAUAUUGAAAGAUAUAUAAGGGAAAAGUUUUGUUGAGAGAAAAGUUUUGUGGCAAUCAUG